AUGCGUGUGAUUUUACGCCGUCUCUAUCCUUCCGCCAAGUUCCCUGUCCCUCGGUAUACAGUUGCGCGGCCAUUCUCGACACAGAGAGAGACAAAACAGGCCUCGUCUUUUUGGUCUAUCUCUCUUACCCUCGCCAUCCUUGGAGGCGGCGCCUGGCUUCAGGAUAAAUACUACAAUCCCAAACCAACCACAAAAGCAUUACCGCAACAACCAUCUCAACAGUCCUUCCUCGGAGUAAUCGAUACCCUAUCCACGAUGCCCGCCGAACCCGCCCCCGGAACUGUCGGGAACCUCACCCCAGAGCAAGAGGUCAAGCUCAAGGAAUUCUGGGUCCUCGCUCUGAAGGUGUUUGGUCUGACACUCGAGGAACUCGAGGCUCCCGCUCAACCAGCCGCUGAGGCCGCGCCCGCCCAGGACAAAAAGAAAGCCAAGGGUCGGUGGUCUAUCUGGGGCAAGGGCGAGGAAGAGGACUCGAAGAGUGGAUCUUCCGACGCUACAAGCGUAUCGGUCGCCAUCGAGGAUGACAAGUAUGGUCAGUCCAAGGAAUACAAGCAAGCGCUCGAGGACAUGAAACCCGAGGAAAUCCGCACAGCCUUCUGGAGCAUGGUGAAGGGUGAUAACCCCGACUCUCUGCUUUUGCGAUUCCUGCGCGCCCGCAAGUGGGAUACCAAGAAGGCGCUGGUCAUGUUGAUCUCUACGAUGCGCUGGCGAUUGCAGGAAAUGCACGUUGAUGACGAUAUCAUGUUCAAUGGUGAGGCGUUGGCUGUGAAGCAGUCGCAGGGCACCGAUGCCAAGGAGAAGAAGAAGGGAGAGGAUUUCCUGACGCAGAUGCGUCUUGGUAAGAGCUUCCUCCAUGGUGUUGAUCGGGCUGGCCGGCCUAUCUGUGUUGUUCGCGUGCGGCUGCACAAGGCUGGCGAUCAGGAUAACGAAGGAUUGGAGCGCUUUACUGUGUAUACUAUUGAGACUGCGAGAUUGCUGCUUGCUCCACCAGUUGAGACUGCGACGAUUGUUUUUGAUAUGACCGACUUUGGUAUGGCCAACAUGGACUACGCCCCCGUGAAGUUCAUGAUCAAGUGUUUCGAAGCCAACUACCCCGAGUCUCUCGGCACAGUGCUGAUCCACAAGGCACCAUGGCUCUUCUCAAGCAUCUGGAGCAUCAUCAAGGGCUGGCUCGACCCAGUUGUUGCUGCAAAGGUUCAUUUCACCAAGAACCGCCAGGAUCUCGAGAAGUUCAUCCACCCCAGCCAGAUCAUGAAAGAGCUGGAGGGUGAUGAGGACUGGGAGUACAAAUACGUCGAGGUUGAAGAGAACGAGAACCCCAAAAUGGCCGAUAAGGAAACUCGCGACACUCUGUUGGCUGAGCGACAGCAGCUCGCCAAAGAAAUCCAGGAUAUCACCAUUGAGUGGAUUCGCGCCAGCUUCAAGAAGGAAACCGACGCUGCCUCCUCUGCCGAGGAGAAGCGCAAGGAGCUCGUUGAGAAGCUCCGGAGCCAGUACUGGGUCCUUGAUCCAUAUGUUCGAGCUCGCUCGCUCUAUGAUCGAGUCAACAUCGUCCAGGGUGGUGGGAAGAUUGAUUUCUACCCUGGUUCCGAGAAAUAG